CCAUUCCAGCUCUGACAUUCAGUGACUCAAGAGAUGUCGCAUUCCUCCCCUUUCCAUUUGCCCUGAUAAUCCACAGUUCGGGAGAGGGGUCAGUGGUCCUCCAUGCCUCUGCCCAUAGCCUCCCAAAGCCCAAAUGCCCUCUGUCUCCACAGCUUCAUGGCCACCCGCGUGCUCCUCCCGGGCAUCCUCCUCCUGCUGCUGCCCACGCCUGCCCCUGCCCCCUGCCACACAGCUGCACGAUCCGAGUGCCGGAGAGCCCGCCUGUUCGUGCCCGGCGCGUGGCUGGCAGGGGAGGGCGUGGACGUGACCAGCCUCCGGCGCUCAGGCUCCUUCCCAGUGGAUACACAGCACUUCCUGCGGCCAGACGGCACCUGCACCCUCUGCCGCAAUGCCCUGCAGCGGGGCGCCCUCCAGCGCCUGCCCUUGGCACUCACCGACUGGCGCACCCAGGGCUCAGGCUGCCAGCGCCACGUGGUCAGGGCCAAGAGCAGCUCCACUGAGGCCAUAGCCCGGGAGGCGGCUGGCAGCAUCCGCAAUGACUGGCGGGUGGGGCUAGAGGUGACCCCCAAACCCAGCAUCAAUGCACGAGUGGCCGUGGCCGGCUCGCACUCCAAGGCGGCUGACUUUGCGGCCCAGAAAACCCACCAGGACCAGUACAGCUUCAGCAGCGACUCCGUGCAGUGUCGCUUCUACAGUUUACGCCUGGUGCACUCUCCCCCACUCCACCCCGACUUCAAGAGGGCCCUCAGGGCCCUGCCCCCCCACUUCAACGCCUCCACCGAGCCCGACUACCUCAGGCUCAUCUCCAACUACGGCACCCACUUCAUCCACUCCAUGGAGCUGGGCGGCCGCAUCUCGGCCCUCACCGCCCUGCGCACCUGCGAGCUGGCGCUGGACGGGCUCACGGCCGACGAGGUGGGGGACUGCCUGAGCGUCGAGGCCGAGGUCAGCAUAGGCGGUCGCGCCAGCGCCUCCUCGGAAUACAAGGCCUGUGAGGACAAGAAGCAGCAGCACAAGAUGGCGACUUCCUUCCACCAGGCCUACCGGGAACGCAUGUCCGAAGUCGUUGGCGGCGACCACACCUCCGUGCACGACCUGCUGUUUGGGAACCAGGCCACGCCCGAGCAGUUCUCAGCCUGGGUUGCCUCGCUGCAGGCCAGCCCCGGCCUGGUGGACUACGCCCUGGAGCCCCUGCACGUGCUCCUGGAGAGCCAGGAGCCGCGGCGCGAGGCACUCAGGCAGGCCGUGAGCAAGUAUGUCACCGACAGGGCACGCUGGAGGGACUGCAGCCGGCCCUGCCCCCCAGGGCAGCAGAAGAGCCCCCACGAUCCCUGCCAGUGUGUGUGCCACGGCUCGGCGGUCACCAACAGGGACUGCUGUCCCCGGCAGAGGGGCCUGGCCAGGCUGGAGGUUGUGAACUUCGCGGCGACAGGCCUGUGGGGAGACUGGGUCACUGCCACAGACGCCUAUGUGAAGGUCUUCUUUGGAGGCCAGGAACUGAGGACAGCCACGGUGUGGAACAAUAACCACCCCAGGUGGAUGACACGGCUGGACUUCGGGGACGUGCUCCUGGCCACAGGGGGGCCCCUGAGGGUGCAGGUCUGGGAUGCAGACUCUGGCUGGGAUGAUGACCUGCUCGGCAGCUGUGACCAGACUCUGCACUCUGGUUCACAUGAGGUGACAUGCAACCUGAACCAUGGUCGCCUGAGAUUCUCCUACCACGCUAAGUGCUUGCCUCACCUGGCGGGGAGAACCUGCCUGGAGUACGCCCCCCAGGGGCUUCUGGGGGAGCCUCCAGGAAACCGGAGUGGGGCAGUGUGGUGAGAAAAGUGGGCCUCCAGAGAACCGGUAUGCCCAGACUGGAGGCUUCUCAG